CGACGCGCAUGCGCACGGGCCGCUCGACCCUGCAGGCUUGGGUUCAUUGCUUCUGCAUUGGAGUGUUUCGGGGACCCUUGAUUUUCCCCAUUCCCUUAAGCCCCGCUGGCUAACUGUGACCCGAGAUUUCAGAGCUGUGGGGCGGGAGCAAACAUAUCUUUCUUCGCGCGCUGCUGAAGAGACGUUGUCCCUGCGGGCCAGGGCCACAGGACGCCCCCAUGGCGGGGCCGCGGGUGGAGGUGGACGGCGGGAUCCUGGAAGGGGGCGGCCAGAUCCUCAGGGUUUCCACGGCCCUGAGCUGUCUCCUGGGGCUUCCCUUGCGGGUGCAGAAGAUCCGUGCGGGCCGCAGCACCCCUGGCCUGAGGCCUCAACAUUUAUCUGGACUGGAAAUGAUUCGUGAUUUGUGUGAUGGGCAACUGGAAGGGGCAGAAAUUGGCUCAACAGAAAUAACUUUUACACCAGAGAAGAUCAAAGGUGGAAUCCACACUGCAGAUACCAAGACAGCGGGGAGUGUGUGCCUCUUGAUGCAGGUUUCAAUGCCCUGUGUUCUGUUUGCUGCUGCUCCAUCAGAGCUUCGUCUGAAAGGUGGAACUAAUGCUGAGAUGGCACCGCAGAUCGACUAUACCGUGAUGGUCUUCAAGCCAAUCGUUGAAAAAUUUGGUUUCAGUUUUAAUUGUGACAUUAAAAUGAGGGGCUAUUACCCAAAAGGGGGCGGAGAAGUGAUCCUUCGAAUGUCACCCAUUAAACAGUUGAACCCAAUAAAUUUAACUGAUCGUGGCUCUGUGACUAAGAUAUACGGAAGAGCUUUUGUUGCUGGUGUUUUGCCAUUUAAAGUAGCAAAAGAUAUGGCGGCGGCAGCUGUACGAUGCAUCAGAAAGGAGAUCAGAGACCUGUAUGUGAACAUUCAGCCUGUUCAGGAACCCAAGGACCAAGCAUUUGGCAAUGGAAAUGGAAUAAUUAUUAUUGCUGAGACAUCCACUGGCUGUUUGUUUGCUGGAUCAUCGCUUGGUAAACGAGGUGUUAAUGCAGACAAGGUUGGGAUUGAAGCUGCCGAAAUGCUAUUAGCAAAUCUUAGACAUGGUGGAACUGUGGAUGAGUACCUGCAAGAUCAGCUGAUUGUUUUCAUGGCAUUAGCCAAUGGAGUUUCCAGAAUAAAAACAGGACCAGUUACACUACAUACACAGACAGCUAUACAUUUUGCUGAACAACUAGCAAAGGCUAAAUUUACUGUGAAGAAAUCAGAAGAUGAAGAAGAUGCCUCUAAAGACACUUACAUUAUUGAGUGCCAAGGAAUUGGGAUGACAAAUCCAAAUCUAUAGGGUAUUUCACUCUUAAUUGCACUAAUUUAUUUCAUACAUAGCAUAACACAGUGAAUAAGAGGUAACUUACUAAAGGACCUUGCUAAAUUUGGAGUUGAGAAAUGAUGCUCUAGAUUUGUAAGGAUGCUGCAUCAAAGUAAUCACACUUUGAAUAUCUGCUGCAAGGCAGACAAUAAGAGUCAAUGUAUAUGUAUGAUAGCUGAUUUCAAUAUUAAGGUAUUGAAUAAAAUACUCUUUUUACUUGAA